AUGAAUAGUGAUUAUAGAGAAGUGAAUCAAAAUGAAGAGUAGGAUUAAUAAAUGUAUUUAGAAACUCCUAUUUAUAAAGAGGCAGUGUGUCAUUUUAGGACCUCUUAAUAUUAUUUUAUUUUAUUCAAUUGUUUGAAAAUUGGAUGUGGAUUUUCAUUAUUGUAUAUGAAUCAUGAAUAAAAUUAUAUGAAUUAUUGGAUUCUUGCAAUAAUGUUUCAUGCAUUUAUUAUGAUUAUUAUCCAUAAGAAUCACUUAAAAUAUUUAACAAUGAAUAAAAGAAUAUUGGCAUUUAAAUUAGAUUAAAUUGUAGCUGCUCCAAUAGUAGAAUAAAUAAUUGAAUAAAGGAAAUUAAAUAUAUUAUCAAGAUAAAUAAAAUUAGAAAUAGUGAAAUUAACAAUCUUUGGCAAAUGGUGUUGUAGAAUAAUUGCAAUAAUAUACUAACUAAUAUUUGGUUAUGGUGUAUACUUAUUUUGUAUAUAUUACAGUAUAAAAUCAUAAGACUUAAUGUAUUAAUAUUACUUUUUAUGUACAAUCCUUGUAAUCUCAUUAUAUCAAUAUAUUGAUUUAUAUCUAAUAUUAAUUUUUGCAAUACUAGGUUCCCCAUUUUUAAUUAUCCUUAGUUGUUAUUAUUGUGCAAAUUUGUAAUUAUAUUUAUUAUAUUUAAUAGAUUUAGUAAAUAAUAACAAAGAAAUGAAAUUAGAACACGAUUAUAACCAAUUAAAUAUAAACCAAACCAAAUAGAAGGAGAAUAAGAAUGUUGUAUUUGUAGAUGUCCAUAUGAAUUAAAUGAAGAAGUAGUUGUUUUAAAAUGUUCCAAAUUGCAUCAUUAUCAUGAAACCUGUAUUAUGGUAUUUAAAUUAUAUUCAAUUUUCAGUCUUGGAUUAAUAUUAACAAUACAUGUCCUUUUUGUAGGAAAUCUAUAUGA